CAGACAUCGCUAGCUCAGCUAUCCGCGAUAGGAAGGUCAAAUCUCGCCUCUGGUCGGGAUUAGGCUUGAUGCGACCAUGGACCAGGCGGUGUCGUAUCGUGAACACUGAUGGACCGGGCUGGUGGGAACGAAGCGGGGAGCCAUAUAUAAGGAAGCCUACGCUGCUCUUUGCGAAUGCCACUGCCAGCUCGAAAUCCCAUCGAAGACUUCGUGGUUCCUGUUAACAAGAUGAAGUACUCCACCAUCGCAAUGGCAUUAUUGCCAUUGGUCUCCGCAGCAGGCUUUUCCAGGCAGCAGUAUGAGUCGGGAGAGGUCAUGGCCUUGAUGAUGCAGGCGAAAGAGCGUGCCUGGGCGAAACACCGAGCCGCUGGUGGCUUCGAUCACAGAAAAUGGAGGGGCUUCCGUGACAGGCGCUCUGACAAGAACCGCAUUCGAUGCAUCAACGGCAAGGUGGAGGCUGUCAAGGGGGACCCCAGCCAGACGUACAAAUGCAAGGACAUUGAUCUGUACGACUUCUUGACCCACGGGGAGCUCGGCAGCACUACCGGAGAGGGUUCCGGUUCCUGGGGAUGGAGCCAUAAAGGUCGCGAGUUCAUCAUCAUCGGACAGGCCGAUGGUGCUGCCUUCGCCGAGGUCUCGAAGGAAGGCCAGCUCAUCUAUCUCGGUCGCCUUCCCCAGCAGUCUGAGCCCGUCAUCUGGCGCGAGAUCAAGACUCUCGGAAACUACGUCAUCAUCGGCUCCGAGGCCAAAUAUCACGGCGUCCAGAUUUUCGAUCUUCGCAAGCUUCUUACUGUCGAUCCCAAGAAGCCAAAGGUGUUCUCGACCCAGACCGACCUCACUGCGCUCUUCAACGACCUCCCCAUGGGACGUGUACACAACGUCGUUGUCAAUGAGGAGAAGAACUAUGCCGUUGGCGUUGGUGCUCAGCCUCGCAACGACACGUGCGCAUCUGGUCUCAUCUUCAUCAACAUGGAUAAUCCGGCGAAACCGUACAAGACCGGCUGCGCGCCGCAGGACGGCUACGUCCAUGAUGCUCAGUGCAUCGUUUACCGUGGCCCUCACAAGAAGUACUACGGCCGUGACAUUUGCUACGGCUACAACGAGGAUACCCUGACCAUCUACGACGUCACCGACAAGAAGGGCGGCAACUCCUCUACCAUCAUUUCUCGCACCCCCUACGUUGGCGCCACCUACACUCACCAAGGCUGGGUCCUCGACCCCAAUUGGCAAACCCACCUGGUCAUGGACGACGAGCUCGACGAGGGCGAACUCGACCCAGAGCACACCAACCCGGACAGCCCCGCAAAGGACGGCUUCCCCGUCACCUACAUCUGGGACAUCACCAACCUCGAGAAGCCCGUCAACACGGGUUACUACAAGUCGAGCACGCGCUCCGUCGACCACAACCAAUUCGUCUACGACGGCCUCUCGUACCAGUCCAACUACCAGGCCGGCCUCCACGUCCUCGACGUCAGCUCCAUCCCCUUUGUCCCCAGCGGUAAAGAAGUCAAGGAGAUUGCGUUCUUUGAUACGUACCCUGAGGAUGAUCAUGAGGAGGGUGGCGGUCGUGCGGUUUGGGAGGCUGGGACCUGGAGCCAUUAUACCUUCCCGAGCGGGUGGAUUGUGAUCAAUACUAUCGACCGUGGGGCAUUCCUCGUUAGGCUGAGCAAGUUCAAGGGCCGUGGCAAGGGGAAGCGCCAUGUCCAGCGUGAUCACUGGGUCUCCUAGUUUUAGGUCGCAUGUUUGAUUUCAUUGAAUCUUUGGGAAGGGUGGAUAUGGCACGGUUAGUGGCUAGAUAGUAAACUUUGCAUUUCGAUUUCAUUGAUCUUGGGGAAGGAUUUGCAUGUUUAGUGCUUGAUUGAUAGAUAAUGUACUUUGCAUCUAUUC